CCGUCCGCGCACUUCCGUCAGUGAUCUACAGCGGUCCACAGCGAUCAAUAUUAAUAAGUGCACGUCCGCGUCUCCGCAAUCUUUGGAUUAUAUACCGGCUCCGUCGGCACCAUCGUCAUCGUCGUUGUCGUCGCCGAAAUCCGCAACGGACCCAAGAGAGAUAAACCAGCAAAAAAACUAUAUCGCAGGUUACCAACCAAAGGCAGCUACUAUGCCAGCAAGGUACCCACAAGCUAGUCAACUACAAACCGGAAAUGGGGUCGUAAACGGUAAUAUUCCACACUUUGGAAACGAUGAAGUGGUCAUCAGUGGAAUAUCCGGACGUCUUCCGGAGUCCAAUUCAAUCGCCGAAUUCAGAGAAAACCUGUUCGCUGGUGUAGAUAUGGUCACCGACGACGAUCGACGUUGGCCGGCCGGUCUUUACGGCCUACCGUCAAGGACGGGAAAACUCAAGGGAUUGGAAUAUUUUGAUGCCAAUUUUUUCGGAGUGCACGCCAAACAGGCUGAAGUCAUGGACCCGCAGUUAAGAUUGCUUUUAGAAUCGACUUACGAAUGUAUCGUGGACGCCGGCGUAAACCCGGACGAAAUGCGUGGAUCGAAAACCGGAGUGUUCGUGGGCACGUUUCAAAGUGAGACGGACGACUACUGGGGCCGAGUGCAGGAGCGCGUCAACGGUUACGGGCUCACCGGAUGUUGCCGGGCCAUGUUCCCCAACCGGAUCUCGUACACGUUCGAUUUCAACGGGCCCAGUUACGCGGUGGACACGGCCUGUUCCGGCAGCCUGUUCGCCCUGUCGCAAGCAUUACACGCCAUCCGGAGCGGACAGUGCGAGGCGGCCGUUGUGGGCGGCGUCAACCUGUUGCUCAAGCCCACCAACUCGUUGCAGUUCCACAAGUUGAGCAUGCUGUCGUCGAAAGGGAUGUGCCGGGCCUUCGACGCGUCCGGAAAUGGAUACGUGCGGAGUGAAGCUGUAGUAACUGUGUUUUUGCAAAAGGCCGGUGCAGCUAGACGAAGUUACGCCACGGUAGUAGAAGCUUUGACCAACAACGACGGGUUCAAAGACCAAGGGAUCACUUUCCCGAGUGGAGCUAUGCAAAAUAAGCUCAUCCAAGAAGUGUACGCCAAAUGUGGUGUAAAUCCAGCGGAGGUGUCUUACGUAGAAGCUCACGGGACGGGGACCAAAGUCGGCGAUCCGCAAGAGGUCAAUUCUAUCGCUGAAUUUUUUACCAAGGACCGUACCUCACCACUGUUGAUCGGUUCCGUCAAAUCGAACAUGGGUCACUCUGAACCAGCUUCUGGCCUCUGCUCGUUGGCAAAAAUCGUAAUUUCUAUGGAAAGCGGUAAAAUUCCUGCAAAUCUUCAUUUUGCUAAUCCAAACCCUGACAUUCCAGCUCUGUUGGAUGGAAAAUUACAGGUUGUGAACAAACACUGGGACUUCAACGGUGGCUAUGUGGCUCUCAACUCUUUUGGUUUUGGUGGUGCCAACGCUCACGUGUUGUUAAAGUCUAAUUCCAAAACUAAAACCACUCAAAUCAUAAACCAUGUGCCACGUUUGAUUGCCGUGUCUGGAAGAACGGAAGAAGCAGUGAACAAUAUGUUGAAAAAUAUCACUGAAACGCCGUUAGACGAUGAUUUUGUUUCUUUGUUACACGAUCUCCAUGCUAACAACAUUAAUGGACACGGUUAUAGAGGAUAUUCAAUCCUAGGAAAAUCGAUUUCUGAAGUGACUGAAGUAAGAUCAUAUAAAAGACCAGUGUGGUUUAUUUUUUCUGGAAUGGGGAGUCAAUGGGCCGGUAUGGUCGAAGGACUCCUUCAAUUGGAACCAUUUGCCAAAGCCAUAAAUAGAGCAGCUACUGUUCUUCAAGAUGAAGGUAUUGAUUUGUUGAGCAUUCUGAACUCCAAAGAUGAAAAAACAUUUGACAAUAUCCUUAACUCAGCUGUAUCGAUAACAUCCAUGCAAGUAGCAUUGAUUGAUUUAUUGAAAUCAAUUGGAAUUGAACCUAAUGGUUUUAUCGGCCACUCAGUUGGUGAACUUACUUGUGCUUAUGCCGAUGGCACGUUUAGCAUCGAACAGACAAUUUUAAUCUCAGCAUUGAGAGCUCGUUGUAUUUUGGAAUCUAAACUAAUCCAAGGGUCAAUGGCUGCUAUUGGCUUGUCCUGGGAAGAUACUAAAAAUAAAUUGCCAGCUGAUUUGGUAGCCGCCUGUCACAAUAGUGAAGACAGUGUAACAAUAUCUGGCCCUCCUAAAAGCGUCAGUGAAUUUGUCAAAACUUGUAAAGCCGAAGGAAUAUUUGCCAAAGAAGUCAAUAGUUCUGGAUUUGCUUUCCAUUCUAAAUAUAUUGCUGAUGCAGAACCAAUGCUUCGUAAGCGUUUAGAAAAAAUUUUACAAAACCCAAAACCCCGUUCUUCAAAAUGGAUUAGUUCAUCUAUACCCGAAGAAUUAUGGAACACACCGCUAGCUAAAACGAGUUCAACUGCAUACCACGUAAACAAUUUACUGUCCCCGGUUUUGUUCCAUGAAGCUAUCCUUCAUGUGCCAAAAGACGCUGUUGUUGUUGAAGUCGCUCCACACGCAUUGCUUCAAGCCAUUUUAAAAAGAUCUCUAGGACCAGACUGUUUGUGUAUCGGUCUAACCAAGCGUUCAACAAAUCCCCAAGGGAAUAUUUCAGUAUUGUUAUCAGCCAUUGGAAAAUUAUACAAUGCUGGACUUCAACCACAAAUAAAAAACUUAUACCCAGUUGUAUCGUAUCCAGUCGCACGUGGGACACCGAUGAUUCAAUCAUUGGUUGAGUGGGAUCACUCUACUAAAUGGACCGUUGCCGAGUUUUUACAAAAGGAAGCUGGAUCUGGUGAGUGCGUAAUUAAAGUUGAUUUAAGUACAGAAGAAGACCAGUUUUUAUCUGGACAUGCCAUUGACGGAAGAGUAUUAUUCCCUGCAACAGGAUAUUUGACUCUUGUAUGGAAAACUUUCGCUAAACUUCAAGACAAGAACAUCGAAGAGUUCCCAGUUGUUAUUGAAAAUGUACAGUUUUUGCGUGCUACUAUAAUGCCUAAAGACGGAAACGUUAACUUCUCAAUCAGCAUUUUCGAAGGAACUGGCAAUUUUGAGAUUUGUGAAGGAGAUUCUGUUGCAGUGACUGGUCACAUCUCUGUUCUAGAUGACACAGAUUUGGAUCAAUUAGAGGCUGAACUACCUGUUAUUGAUAUUAAUGAAAAUGCUCUACCACUUAAAUCAGGGGACAUAUACAAAGACUUGGGUUUGCGAGGCUAUGAUUACAAAGGACUGUUUAGAGGAGUCCAAGAAUCCGACAACAAAGGCGUUCAAGGAAAGUUGGAAUGGAAUGGAAACUGGAUUAGCUAUAUUGAUACAAUGCUCCAGUUUUCAAUUUUGGGUUUGAAAACCAAAGAGUUAUAUUUGCCGACGAGAAUGCAAAAAAUUAUUGUCGAUCCUGUUAAGCAUUUGAAAAUAGUUGAAUCCACUGCUGAAAGAAGACCAGUCCCCGUUUACAUGUACAGAGAUAUUGGUGUCAUUAAAUCUGGUGGUAUUGAACUGUGCGGCCUGAAAUUGAGCUUAGCUCCAAGAAGACAACAAUCACAGGCAGCUCCUAAAUUAGAAAAGUAUUCAUUUGUACCUUACACUGCUGAUAAGAUUUCUUCACCUCCAGCCAAUAUAUUAAACAUUUUCACUGUUUAUCUACAAAUUGUUUUAGAAAACAGUGCUGGUGCAAUGAAAGUAAAAGUUGUUGAAUAUGGAGCAGAUAAACCAUUUGAAGGAAUUUAUAUGUCUAACGUUGUCAACAUUCUGGAAUCUGAACCCUUGAUAUCUUUGGAUGCAACCUUAGCUACAGUCCACACACAAGCUAUGGCUCCAUUUAUGGGACCAUUAGAAGUGAAGAUGAUAAACAAAUCAUUGGAAAAUGGUCCUAUAGAAUCUAAUGCUCAUGUGGUGGUCGCGUUUGAUGUGUUACAGUCACAAAACAAACUAAAUAAUUUGGCCGAGACAGUGAAAGACGGUGGCUUUGUCAUUACAUCUGAAGACAAUAAUAUUUCUCAAAGCCUUAUUGAGAAUAGUGAUCUUAUUUUUAUAAGCAAGUUAUCAGCUGAUGAUAGAACAUUCUAUUUAUUGAGAAAGGUUAUUAAAAAUAAAACAGUUUCUGAAGUAAUUCAAGUUUCUGAAAAAUCGUAUGAGUGGGUUGAAACAUUAAAAUCUGCUCUUAAAUUAGCUGAAGCUGAUCAGAGGAAGAAAAUAGUUUUGGUCGCUCAAGGAGAAGAAACUAAUGGAAUUAUCGGUUUGGUGAAUUGUGUCAAACAAGAACCUGGUGGUAAUAGUGUCAGAUCCGUUUUCAUUCAAGACCCAGCUGCACCGAAGUUCUCUUUGAGCGCUCCCCUGUAUGCCGCACAACUGAAAAAAGAUUUACUGAGCAAUGUUUUGAAGCCUAACGGAGUAUGGGGUUCAAUGAGGCAUUUGAGAUUAGAAAACCAACAGAACAAGCCAUCGUUACAAGUCGAGCAUGCUUAUAUUAAUGCGUUAACUAGAGGGGAUUUAAGCAGCUUAAAUUGGAUCGAAGGACCUUUGUCACAGUACAAACCUGAAUACAACCCAAAUACUGAAUUAUGUACUGUUUACUACGCACCAUUGAACUUCCGUGACAUCAUGUUGGCAUCUGGAAAACUUCCUCCUGAUGCAUUGCCUGGGGAUUUAGCUGGACAAGACUGUAUACUCGGACUAGAAUUCUCUGGUCGGAACUCUAAAGGUAAAAGAAUAAUGGGUAUGCUCGCUGCUACAGGAUUAGCUACAAGCGUUCUUGCAGAUCCAAAUUUCUUGUGGGAAGUACCAAGUAAAUGGACUUUGGAAGAAGCAUCGACUAUACCCGUUGUUUACGGAACUGCAUACUAUGCACUCUGUGUAAGAGGACAAAUGAAACCAGGUAGUUCAUUGUUAGUGCAUGCUGGUACAGGAGGUGUUGGCCAAGCAGCUAUUGCUAUUGCUUUGCAUAUGGGCGUUACCGUUUAUACCACUGUUGGGAGCAAAGAGAAAAGAGAAUUUUUAAAAAAUACUUUUCCCAAGUUAACUGAUAAAAAUAUUUCCAAUUCUCGAAACACCAGCUUUGAACGACAUAUUUUGAGAGAAACUAAAGGACGUGGUGUAGAUCUUGUCUUGAACUCGUUAUCUGAAGACAAACUCCAAGCAUCUGUUCGUUGUUUAGCUAAAGAUGGCCGUUUCCUGGAAAUCGGAAAACUUGAUUUGUCAAACAACAGCCCAUUGGGAAUGUCCGUUUUCUUAAAAAACACUUCAUUCCACGGAAUUUUAUUGGACUCAUUGUUUGAUUUAAACUCAACAAAUGAGGAAAAGAAAGAAGUAGUAAGGUUGCUCAACGAAGGCAUACAGAAUGGGGCAGUAAAUCCCCUACCUGCAACAGUAUUCACUGAAUCUCAGGUGGAACAAGCAUUCAGGUAUAUGGGUUCUGGUAAACAUAUUGGAAAAGUAGUACUGAAAAUCAGAGACGAAGAAUCCACAGCAGUUGUUAAACCUGAAACUAAACUAGUAACUUCAAUUCCACGGUCCUACAUGAACCCAGACAAAACAUAUGUCCUUGUCGGAGGGCUUGGAGGAUUUGGGUUGGAAUUAGCUAACUGGUUGAUUGUCAGAGGAGCCAAAAACCUUGUUCUGACUGCUAGAAGUGGAAUUACUACUGGUUAUCAAGCUGUUUGUGUUAGAAAUUGGAAAGAAUCUGGCGUUAAUGUAUUGAUCUCCAAGGCAGAUUGUUCAACAUUAAAAGGAGCUCAACAGUUGAUUGAUGACAGUAACAAAUUGGGACCAGUUGGAGGUGUAUUCAACUUAGCUGCUGUAUUGAGAGAUGCAUUCUUAGAAAAUCAAACACCACAAGAUUUUGAAAUCGUAAGCAAACCUAAAGUAAUUGGUACUAAAAACUUAGACACAGUUACCAGAAAGUCUUGCCCCGAACUCGAUCACUUUGUUGUGUUCUCAUCUGUUUCUUGUGGACGUGGUAAUGCUGGGCAAACCAACUAUGGUUUUGCCAAUUCUGUCAUGGAAAGAAUUUGUGAAGCUAGAAAAGAAGCUGGUCUCCCAGGGUUGGCUAUUCAAUGGGGAGCAAUAGGAGAUGUUGGCCUUAUCAUGGAAACAAUGGGAGGAAAUGAAACAGUGGUUGGUGGUACGUUGCCACAGCGUAUGGCAUCAUGUUUGAGUGCUUUUGAUCUAUUUUUGCACCAUCAUGAACCCGUUUUGGCUUCGAUGGUAUUAGCUGAUAAGCGUAAGGGUGGAUCUGGUGGAGCCACACAAGUGAGCUUGAUUGAUGCUGUUGCGAACAUCCUAGGCGUGAAGGACACAAAGAACAUUGAUGCAUCAGCAACUCUAGCUGACCUUGGCAUGGACUCUUUGAUGGGUGCUGAAAUCAAACAGACUUUGGAGAGAAACUACGAUUUGAUGUUGAGUAUUGGGGAAAUCAGAAGUCUAACAGCCAAGAGAUUACGGGAAUUGCAAAGUGGUGAAAGUGAAUCAGCCGUCGAUGCGCCUAACGUAGCCACCAAUAAUUAAAAUGAGGCCUGAAAGACUUAUCAAUGUUGAUUUGUAAACAUUUCUGUCGUGUCAUUGUAAAUAUUUCCAAUUCAAAUGUUUUCUUUGGAAAAUUAUUUAUACAUUGAAAGUGCAAGAUAUAAUUUGUUUGAUUUGGAUUUUCAAAUUAUUUUUAAAUCUUUUUUAGAUCAUAAUAUGUUGUUGUUGAAAUAUUAUAUAAAUUUUAAUCAAUCUAUGUUAUUUAAUAAAUACACUUUAAAUAUAAUGUAUUAAUAUAUUGUUUA